AUGUUUGUAGCAGUCUAUACAGAGCCAGUUACUGGCUCAUCGCAGUUAUCAACACUGCCAGUACACGAACGAAUCGCAAUACUGAAGGAAAAACUUCUACAAAAUAUUCAGCGGCAACGCGGCAUACCGGGUAUUGUUUCAAUAUUUGAUUCAACGGAAAGCGAUUAUUAUGAAAGGCGUGAACAUGAAAAGCGAUAUAGAGAUUUUUUAAUUCCUCCUAUAAAUAAUCCUAUUAAAAAAAAGCCAAAAUAUAAAGCCACAACGACAACAACUGUCAAAAGUACCGCCAUAAAUAAAACAGACAAAGGUCACACGACACAGAGCCACGCAUUGCGUACCGAUUUAAACGCAUUAUUAGUUACGACAAAAAAGAAACAUUUGGCUAAACCAGUUGAAGUGUUUUAUAGGCGUAAAGCGAAAAAUGAAUCUAAAAAUAUGGAAUCAAAAUGGGCUCACUGUCAAGAUUUGGUCACGCCGUUCCUGACUGGUAUAAAGAAAGAUGUGAAGGAAUUGAAGAAGGUUUUGAAUCGAGACCCUAUUGUCGUAAGAUUAUGCCAGUUGCUGAAUGAAAACACUACUACAUACACCACAGAGGAGACAUAUUCAAUACUUUAUCAAAUAAAUAACUUGCAACUUAGAUUUUUCCAGUGGGACCUGGCACCAAUCAGAGCUUUAUUCAAUAUUAUAGCAAAAGGCCCACAUCACACUUUUAAAAAUUUGAAACGCGGCCUCAUAACAUUGUUAACAAAUUGGCGUCUUGACUUAACUAAUACGACGAACAUACUCCAGCAGACUCGCAUCAUCAGGCCACUGUGUACAGUGACGUCACAUUUCGAAGGUUCCACAAAGGCGCAGAAAGUGUCCAAAUACAAGGACUGGCUCACAACUCCCCGCGCGAGGUUCGACGAUGAAUUUGAAUAA